AUGGGCUUUUUCGGGAGACUAUUCGGGAGUAAUAAGAAGCAGGAUAAAUCGGCUCCGUCGAGUGACAGACGGAGGUGGAGCUUCACCACCAGAUCCUCUAAUCCGGCGUCGUCGAAUUCCAGCAAAAGACGUUCGCAUCCCGCGGCGGAGGAGGAAAACGCCGACAAGCAUGCAAUAGCCGUGGCGGCUGCGACGGCUGCUGUGGCGGAAGCUGCUCUAGCUGCUGCUCAUGCGGCGGCGGAAGUCGUUAGACUCACUAGUGGAACCGGCAGUAGAAGCGCCGGUGGAGGAGGGAGCAACCGCCGGUGGGCUCAGGAGUAUCUAGCGGCGGUGAAGAUUCAAUCCGCUUUCCGUGGUUAUCUGGCGAGGAGAGCAUUAAGAGCACUAAAGGCAUUAGUGAAGCUUCAAGCUUUAGUGAGAGGACACAUUGUGAGAAAACAAACCGCAGAUAUGCUUCGAAGGAUGCAGACUCUAGUUCGUCUCCAAGCUCAAGCUCGUGCUCGUGCCUCUCGUUCCUCUCACUCCUCUGUUUCAUUCCACUCCUCCACCGCUCUACUGUUCCCUUCUUCCUCUCCUUCUCCGCGUUCUCUCCACACGCGCUGCGUUUCAAACGCUGAGAUCAUCCCUAUGGACCACCGUGGCUCAAAACGUUUAGAUUGGCAGCAAGCCGAAGAAGACGACGACAAGAUCCUAGAAGUCGACACUUGGAAGCCUCAUCAUCAUCCAAAACGUUCAGAGAGAAACAACGAGUCUCCGAGGAAGAGACAGCAGUCUCUGUUGGCUCCGAGAAGCACAGAGAAUAGUCCUCAAGUUGGGUCUAGUGGCUCAAGGAGAAGAACACCGUUUACGCCAACGACAAGAAGCGAGUACUCUUGGGGAUGUAAUAACUAUUACUACUCGGGUUAUCACCCUAAUUACAUGGCUAACACCGAGUCUUACAAAGCUAAAGUACGGUCACAGAGCGCGCCUAAACAGAGGAUUGAGGUUCCUAAUGAGACUAGCGGCUACAAGAGAUCAGUCCAGGGACAGUAUUACUAUUGCACGGCGGUUGCGGAGCAGAGUUUGGACGUUGGAAGCCCUGGUUACUACGGAGGAGGAGCUUCUGACCGAUUGAAUCGAAACCAUAGCGAGAAAUCGAGGAUGCGUUCUUCGUAUCUUGUUUAG